AUGCCACAAGAAUUCAAACAACAACAUCCAACCACAACAGCCCAACAAGAACAAGAGCAACGAGAACAUCCGAAUCCACCUCCUCGUUUCAUUCAUGACUAUACGACCGAUUUGAAGGCCAUUCAAGAACACGACAAACAGGAUUAUUUCCCUCGAUCGGAUCUUCAAAUGUUUCCUCACAUUCCUUUUGUGAGUUCCUACAAUUCAGGAUUGGUUCAAAAUGUCAUGUUCACAGGAGGAUGUGGAGAUGUUGGAGAUGCCAUGUCCACCAAACAACAAACACAAUACUCGAGUGAGGAUUUGAGAAGUGUCAUUCAUGAAUUGGAUCAAAGACCAUCUUAUGGAAAGAAGGAAGAAGAAAAAACAGAUUCUCAAAACAAGGAUGAAAAGGGAGAAGACAUUUCAAUGAACCCUUAA